CUCUUUCUCUCACUCACUCACUCACUCUCUCUGGAGCUCCACCACUGAACUUUUCCUCUCGCCAUGUCCGCGCGCAACCUCUCCUCCUCCACUAACAGCAGCCCCAGUAUUCCCAGCACUGCACUCUCGAGCUGAACCCUAGCUGGAGCUGAGCCAGGCUGAGCCAUGCACCUCGCGCUCCAGCUCCAGUCCGCGCCCGCGCGCACCCAACCGCCGAGCGUGGCCGCGAGGAGCGCGCAGCAGCAGCAGCAGUGAUGAAGUUCGGUAAGCGCGCGUGUAUCAUCAACGUGGGCGGCGCACGGUACGCGUUUCCUCAGGACGUGAUGAAGGACUUUCCCCUGCGGAGACUCAGCCGCCUGCACAGCUGCGCGUCCGAGCGCGAGGUGCUGGAGGUGUGCGACGACUACGACCGCGAGAGCAACGAGUUCUUCUUCGACCGGCACGCGGAGGCGUUCGGCUUCCUCAUGGUGUACGCGCAGCACGGCACCCUGCGCGUGGCGCCGCACAUGUGCGAGCUCUCCUUCUACAACGAGAUGCUGUACUGGGGGCUGGAGAGCGCGCACCUCGAGUUCUGCUGCCAGCGGCGCCUGGACGAGCGCAUGUCCGAGACCUACACGCGCUACGGCGACGAGGACCGGCGCUCCGAAGCCGAGGGGCCGCACGCCCACCGCGACGCCAAGUGGCUCGAGCGGAUGCGCCGCACCUUCGAGGAGCCCACCUCGUCCGUGGCCGCGCAGAUCCUCGCCUCCGUCUCCGUCAUCUUUGUGAUCGUGUCCAUGGUCAUGCUGUGCGCGAGCACGCUGCCCGACUGGAAGACGGCCGAGAGCAACGAGGUGGAGGAGCACAGGUACACGGAGUAUUUAGAAAAGGACGAGUACAGGAUCAUCGAGGCGGUGUGCAUCGGCUGGUUCACGGCGGAGUGCCUCGUGCGCUUUAUCAUCUCCCGUGACAAGUGCAAGUUUGUCAAGCGGCCGCUGAACAUCAUCGAUCUGCUGGCCAUAGCCCCAUACUACGUCUCGGUGACCAUGACAGUCCUGACCGGGGAGAACUCUCAGCUGCAGCGGGCCGGCGUGACCCUGCGUGUUCUGCGCAUGAUGCGCAUCUUCUGGGUCAUCAAGUUGGCACGCCACUUCUUGGGACUGCAGACUCUGGGACUGACGUUGCGACGGUGCUACCGCGAAAUGGUCAUGCUGCUGGUCUUCAUCUGCGUGGCCAUGGCCAUCUUCGGUGCCCUGGCUCAGCUGCUGGAGCACGGACUGGACCUUAAGUCUGGGAACGAGGAGUAUGCCAGCAUCCCCGCCGCCUGCUGGUGGGUUAUUAUCUCCAUGACGACUGUCGGCUAUGGAGACAUGUACCCCAUCACCGUGCCGGGGCGCGUGCUGGGCGGUCUGUGCGUCGUGAGCGGAAUUGUGCUUCUGGCGUUGCCCAUCACCUUUAUCUACCACAGCUUUGUGCAGUGCUACCAUGAACUCAAGUUCCGCUCUGCCCGCUGCACCAGAAGCCUAUCCGCCGAGUUCCUCAACUGACCAAAAUCUCUGCCUGAAAACGAUGGAAACUUUAUUGUGGACCGGCUUCUUGACACAGACUCACACAUUCAGCUGGUCCUCUUGGCCUAAUGACUGCUCUGAUCUCAGUCAAAUCUCUGGUCUCAGGUAGAGCUUUGGGAACUUGGUCAUAUCCUUUAUGAUUCUCAGGCUCAGGCCAUUGAGGAGCCAAGUAUCUACAGGUAUUAGUUUCAGCCCAGCUCCACAUCAUCUGAUUUCACUAAGGAGAUCCCUGCCUAACCCCUUAAACUCUAGGCUUAUUAUUCAAAUAUUAAAUCUAAAACAAAAUUCAUAAUCGUUCACUUCUACACUCUUAACAUAAAGGUGCUAAAAAUGAUUCCUUGGAAUGAUUGUUUGUCCAAAAAAAAAACCUGGUAAUGAAAUGAAACAUGCAGUUUUAUGUAUUCACACUUCUUUUAAUUAAAGAGUAUAUUAUGAUGUAAAAACUGUUAAAACCAAAGUUUUUCAAUAGUGGGUGUCAAAAUUCGAAAUUCAACAUUUCUCAGGCCACAGUGUCAUGUGGUAUCAGGAAUACUUCAUAGAAGGCCUUAGCACCCACAGUGGACAGCAUAGUGGGUGGUAAUGCUCGUGGCUGAUUGUGUUUGGCUAGAAUUGUCCAUGCAAAAUAUAAGUGACUCUGAAAUCUAAUCCGCCUUCAGCGCAGAACAUCCUCCACACAAAAAUCAUGGGACACGAUACCAGUUCUUGCUCAAUGGCAGUGUAAAACGCCUGUGAAAUUGUAAUAAAGAGAGUUCGUAGUUUUUUAGUUUGAAUAAAGAGUAGUUUAAAAAGCAUUUUGUUUUAUAUUUUAAAUUGUAGUAAUAUUAACCCUUUAAAAAAUAUUUUGUAAAGAGUUGAAGAAAUUCAGUAUAAUAAAGUCAGGAACUAUUUAGGUACCAUUAUUUUAUUGUGCAUCUAUGGUAUAGUCUUAGUUAGAGGACCUCAGAGUUUUGGGGGUUAAAUAAAUAUUGGAACCUUUAGUCAAGUCAGUCUUUGUGGUGCACAGUUGGAACGUAUACCUGUGGGCUCCGUGCCCCUUCAUGGUCUGAGCCGAGAGCCCACUAUGGUUUAUACAGCUGGCUUUCCCCUGAACAUUUUACAGUUUAUUUUUGGGAGGUAACAGGAUUAAGUGAUGCAUGUCCCAUUUUGCUCAGCUUUUGUUUUUGUUUUUUUGUUACUUCAUUUUUUUUAUUUUACAGUAUCUGCUGUUGUAACUGAGCUUCCAGAGCGGUGGGGGAGGCUACCAUGGCUACAGUGGCUUUCAGGCCAGAUGUCCCUGUCAGGGGCACGCUGGUGGAGGGCAGCUUUGUCAUGUCAACCUAGAGGCCUUGAAAGCACUCGACACACACAGACACAGGCUGAAAAGCUUCUCUCUCACAGCCCAACAGACAUGCGCCUCAGCCUCGAGAUGUGGCUCACAGCCACCGAAGGGAAUUUAGCUUCUGAAUGCCAUCUAGUCAGCCCACAGUCUUGGCAGAAUCAUGCGGGUGAAACAGAAUUCAACUUGUUUUUUUUCUGCCACAAAGUUCUUCUCAAAUACCUGCAUCUGUCACACUGAACUAAAAGUUAUUUUUUUUAAGAUAAUUCAAAGAAACAGAGUUGGGGAGUUAUAUAAUUGUAACAAAAGCUGGGAUGCACCGAAAUUACUGUUUUGUCUAAAAAACAAAACCAAAUAUAUAAAAAAGGCAACACUUAACAACAAGGGUACAUCAAUUAACAGUACUUAUGACCGAAUAAAACAUUUUUAAAAAGUUAAGUAAUGUUUCAACUAGUGGUGAAAACCAAUUUUAAAAAGAAUCAAAUUAAUCACAAUAUAUUUACAGUUUUUUUUGUUAUUAGUAAUUAAAUGUGAAUAAAAGUGUUAGUGUUAGAAACACGUAGCUUUGUGAUACUGGUGCCAGUCACUUAAAAAUAUUAAUUGUAUUAAAUCACAGCAAUAUUCUGUGAAUAAAUCAUGGAUAAAAUCAUGAUAUAUAUUUUUUUAUGCUGGUACUGCAUUUUUGGGAAGAUAUAUGUAUAUGGCAGACUUUAUCCUUUUCUACGGUAUUAUAAUAUCUCAGGGUAGUGUUGAUGCUUUUUAAACUAGAAUAUUAUAAUGUUUUGAAUCACUGAGUUUAACGGAUAGUUUAAUUUGAGAAAAUAGACAGUAAUGUAGUUCCAUAUUCCACAUUCAAAUAAUAUGCCAUCAGCUGUUCAAUCUACAUUUUGAACUCAACAGCAAGUGUUCAGUAUUAUAUUGCUAAAUGGAACUGCUAAUGCGUCACCAGGCUCUGUCAGUUGUGUCACAUAAUUAAUUUGCGUUAAAAACAUUAACACAUUAAUGUUUCCAUAUUAACAGCAUGCAUUAAUGUGUUAAUUUUGACAGGCCUAGUUUCAGCUAAUUAUUAGUCAUCGCUAGUUAGGACAUUAUUAAAAUUUCUAAACAGUAAUAUUUAAGAAUGUUGUAAAUAAUAAUAAACUAAGACAUUAAUUAAACAUUUUCGUAUUAAUAAUGUCCUAACAGGCCAUUUAAUUAUUUGAGACAUUCUGUCAUAAGUACUGUUAAUUAUUAUGUUUAAUGUAUUGUAAAGUGUUACCCAUUUUGCCUCUGAAUAGAUUGUAACUACUGAAUAAAUUGAAUAACUUUUUAUUUUUUUUACUUUUUUGUUAUUUACAAUUUAGAAAUAUAGUUUUUUUAAUACUACAGCAGACAAACCAAUAAUACAUUUACCUCAGCAGUGCAAUUAUAAUCAGGAAUAUACUUAAUCAGUGCUAUUCCAGUCAUAAAUGUAUCUAAGAACUGCUAUAUUAAUCAAAACUUAAAUUGUUAGGGGUUAUCAAGACAAAUGUGCUUGCAAUUUACACAGAGAAAAGCAGCCAGACGUUUGGUAAACAAACAAAUGCUAAUUCUAAUUUAACUUAGCUACCAUUACUAUCCUAGCUAGCCCUGUAUUACAGGUCCUUUUAGCUAAAACAUGGCCUGUUUGUAAGGAGAAAUUAAUACAGGACAUUUUAUUUCAUUUUGUUAUUGUGAAUAGAGAGUAAAACUAAAGAUAAACCUUGUUUUUUCUGUUCUCGGGAGUCUCCCUUUUUCACUUCAUAGCUCUUAGUGCUGCUGGUGUCGAGGGGAGGGAGGCGGAGUUUUAGCCACUGCUGCUUAUUAAAAAAAAACUUUAAUAAUAACACUUAAAUAAUAACCUGGCUAAAAUAAACAAGUACCGUAUUUUACAAACUAUAAGGCGAACUAUAUUAUAAGGUUCACUAUCAAUAAAGGUCUAUUUUCACACAUGAGAAGUCAUACCAGCGGUGGAUGUUAAUCUACACAGAUUUCUCUCCUGAAAACUGUUUAUUUGGGUGAGUAAAGCGCUUCUGUUUUUUUUUGCAGCUUAGAUUUCCAAUAUUUUUAACAGCGCAAUUAGCAGCAGUGCUAGCUGCAGUUAUCAGCAUUUAAGCCCUAGAAAAUGCCACCCGACCGCACUACACUGAGGAACACUGAGUAUUCCGGCAACACUGAGUGUCCAGGGUGCUAUCAGCUAGCGGUUUGUCGAACAUAGCUUGUUUUAACACAGUAAACACGUAGAGUACAGUCAGAUAUUCUUAUCUCUGAAUGGCGAAAGAGUGUUACGGUUAGCGGCUAGUGCUAACUGAAACUCCUGUAUAAGGUGCAGUAAAGAUUUUUGGGAAAAUUAAAGGAUUUUAAGUGCGCCUUAUAGUGUGAAAAAUACGGUAAUUGUUCAGUCUUUUCUCAUAUAUUUUGGGUGCAAAAUAUUCGGUGCAUCCCUAGACAAAAGGUGAGGACUGUAAACAGAACAGGCAUUUUCGCUCAAACCAGCAAUCGAAAUGAUUCUGUACAAUCCAAUUGAGUGUGACAGGAAUCCUUCAGGGAUAAUGAGAGAUGGAGGGAGCAUCAUUGAUCGUGAGAUCACACAUUGAUCGUGAGAUCACAAUUUCGUUCCACCUCAUGUACCACAUGUGAUGCGAAUGACUAUAAAAUCUCCUUGAAUCCUUGAAUAAGGGAGAGAGAGAAAGAGCCGAGCUGUGUAGGCAGCCAUGCAGCCUCGUGCGUAUAUGUAAAGUGGAACAUGGUGGGCCAAGAAGCGUGAGUGUUGUCAAAGAGUGCUGUUUGAUGGUUUUGGAUGAUGGUACCAUGGAGAGCACAUACUGUAGAGAGCUCCUAACAAUUCUCUACCUGCGAGGUUCCUCAGCAUAUCUGUACAGCUUUACGCUGUUAGCACCGAGGAGGCGCAAGCAACCAACAAACCAAUCCUAGCUCUCCACUCUCUUGUUCCUGUCCAAUAAAAAAAAAAAAAACAUGAAUCUUCAAAAAAAGCUCCACUUUUUUAACUCUGUAGCUGCUCUGUACCUUGUACUGUACAAAUAAUUAAAAACAGAUGAAUAGACCAAUAGAAAUGCUCUAAAUAUACUUUUUACAGAUUUCUUAUUUAGAUGUUUUUAGUUCUUUUUAAUAAUUACUGUUUUUCUUAAUAAUAACAGCACCAUUUAGAGUCAAAACUUUGUAAGCACACUCAAACUUAAAUGAAACCAAUAUUAAAACAAAUGUUUAGCUUAGCAUUUUUUUAAGACUAGCAAUCGUCUCUCUUUAACAUUACAAGGGGCUUUUAUAUUAAACAAAAUGCAAAGUGCAAACAGAAGUCAAUCCACUGAGGUUUCCUCUGGCAAGCUCAAAAUGUAAAAAUGUACAAUCUCAUCUAUCCUAUUUUAAAACAUUCUAUUUGAUUAAUCUCCCAGCACUACUUCAAAGAUAAGAAUUUUUAUGCCUGUAAAGCUAUUAUUUUGGAGACACAUGUUUUUUCACUGCACAGAAAAGUUAUAAAUUUUUUGUCAGACCACGAUGUUAAGAAAAGAUCAUAAAACACAGUAAUGCCCAAAGGCACCCUCUCUACUCUCCACAAUGUCCUCCAUCUCAUCUUCUUCCCUUUAACUCACCAUAUAUAUAUAUAUAUGUGGUGGCUUUGUAUUUGUUCUGCCAUCUGUGAGCCGGACAUAGGAGGCGUUCAGCGAUAGUAUUGUAUGCUCUGCUUUUUCCUUUCACAUGACUAAAGCAGAAAUGAGGGAUGAAGGAAAAUGCAGUUAAAAAAAAUCAAUGAAACUUGGGAACCAUGUUGCCUUGUAAAUAUCCGUGACCUACUUUUUAUACUGUUGGUGUGUACACAUAUAGAAAGCAGAUUUCCUUGUUAAAUGAAAACACUGUCAACAGUUUUUAGGCUUAUGCUUUUAGGCUUACACACUGUUUUUAAGCAUUUUUUACAGAUGAAAUGCUUAUUUGUUUAUUGAUGUAUUUAUUUAUUUUGCUAUAGUUAAGCCUUCCCAAAGAACAACCAUAUAUCAACCAUAUAUCAAUUAUAAAUAUAAAAUAUAUCAAAAUCAGUUUUUAAAAUGUGCUUUAUUUACUCAUAUUUUCCUAUUUUUUGAUGUACGUAAAAUAAAAUGAAUUAUAAUAGUAAAGAAAAUUUACUAUAAUUUACUAAUUAAUAAAUAAUUCUCAAUUCUCCCAAAGGUGAAAAACUGUUGAUAUAUGAUCAUAUAUAUGGUUAGAGGGGCUCAGUUUAAAUCUAUCCUAUACUAUUCAAAAUAAAAGUUACAGAAAAAGCCUUCAUUCAGUGUUACAGAUUAACUAUUUUUGGUUAAGCCCUUUAGGAUAACUUAUUUAUAUUUAUUAGGAAUUUGUUUUUCUUUUUUAAGUUAUCAUAUUAUCAUACAAUAUAGUGACACCACCUCAAUAUUUAUUGCUGAACCAUUUUUUUUUCCUGAAAUAUUUAUUAUUGACCAUUGUGUAAGGAGAGCACAUUAAUGAGAAUAAGCCACAGCUGACUUUAUUUUAUUUCUGUUUUAUUUAUUGCGGAUAUAAAAAUAUUCCAGUGUUUUUGUUUAAUAAUUAAAAGUUCAUAGCUAUUUAAAGCUACUAAAAGGGUGUAAUUGCAUUAUUAUGCUAUUAUAAUAUUAUUUCAGUCAAACAAAAUGUCAAUGGUAUUAAUCCUAAUUAACAAAAUUGGUUCUUUACACCUUAAAAACAUGGUUCUUUAGAGAACCAAUAGAAGUUCUUCUAUGCCAGUGAUCAAACACCCUUUGUGGAACAUUUUUCUGAGGAGGGGAUUAUCCAGAAGGAGAAUGAUAUUUAUCACAGGCAGGCUGUUUUCAUUUUAAAUUAGUAUGCAAUAUUAUUUCCAGUCUGAGAAAAGUCUUUGGCGAAAACAACAUUGCUAAUAGAUUCUUACCCAACUGUGAUAAUGCUGACCCUGUUGAUUCCAAUAUUUUCUAUUCCCCUGCGUUUCCCAGUUGCAGUCAGGGGAUUUUGUUCACUAUAUAGUGUGGCUCCAUCUGCUCUCUUUUGUGUCAUUUUUGGCUUUCACUCUGUUUGGAUAUUGGAAUUUUGAUUGCUUUAUUUCAUGAUAGUUUGUUUGCUUUGCUACUGGAGGAUAAUUUAAAUCUGCAUUAAUAUGCAUAUUAGACAGCAAAGAGCAGGUACUGAUGGGAAAUUCAAAGUGGGGUCUGUAUUCAUAGAUACAUCUUUAGUAUUGCUGCAUAAACAUGUUGUCUCUGUCCAAAAACAGCCAUGUAUUUCCAAAAAGGAAUGAAUGGAUGCUCUUGGUGACAUUGUCAUUUACCCAUUGACCCAUUUAGUGUGUAAUGGUCACACAGUGUAAAUAGCAACUGGUGUGUUUAAAUGGAAAAACACUUGGACAGCAGUGAUUGGUUCCUAAUUCUGGUCCUGAACUAUACUUCUGCCUUGCAAAUAGUUUUUUUGUUCUAUCUUACCUUCUCACUCUUUGCCAGAUAUAGUAGAUUACAUGAAUCAGAGUUGGUGUGCCUAAACGUUCAGACUUUUUGUUUUGUUCCAAACAAAAAUAGCUGGUGUAAAAGGUGCCACAAACCACAGUGUAGUUUGCAGUGAUGUGGCGAAAUGCUACUGCCCUUUUGUGUGCACACAGGCAAAGCUGCCGUAUGAAUGAUCCAAAAACGUAUGCAGGUGAUUCCAGUAUCUACUGUAACUGUAGAUUAACCCUUAUUAACCCUUAUUUAUACACAGAACAGAAAUAAAACAAAUCAGCUAGGAUUAUUCAACAGCCAUAAUAAAGUUCUUUAGUCUGUUCACUAAACUGCACUGCGAAACCAAAAAUAUUAUUAUAUUAUAUAUUAUAUCGGACCAAAUGUAGAAAAUGCUAAGCUCUACAGUGCUGGGUAAGGGGUAGUUCAGGACUAGGGUUAGGAUCUCUUUGUGUGUGUGUAUAUAUAUAUAUAUAUAUAUAUAUAUAUAUAUAUAUAUAUAUAUAUAUAUAUAUAUAUAUAUAUAUAUAUAUAUACACACACACACAAAGAUAUCCUAACUGUCCUUUUUUUUGGAUUGGAAAACCAACACGUCUACAGGUCUAUUAAAAGUUCUACAUCUGUUCGUAUCACUUAGAUUCAUCUUAUUUCAGAACAAUAGGAGUCGUCAUCUCACACAGAGAGUCAGGGGAUGGGAGCAUCUCCAGCACUCCUGAAGAUCACACUCAGAAAAAAGGAAGUUAAGAUCACAGAUUUCUCCCACACGCUGUGAUGUUUCCCUCAGCUGUGGAGGCGAGCUGAUACACCUCCCCGUUAUGGCUGUUAUUGUCACUAAUGAGCAUCUUUAUUCAUUCAUUGCUGUCAUGGUUAAGUGCUUUCCUCAUGAGAUGCAGAGUGCACCGUGUGUCUUUGAGUGUAUACAAGACUGAUUGGAAGAUGAUCCAUUUUGAGGCUGAUGACAGCAAUGAAGAUGUGUCUGGUGUGCUGCAGCAUUUCCCCCCUGGCUAAUUAAACCUCUGAUUAUUCAGAGAGGUCUGCUCCACCUAACAUUAACUCCAUUAUACUUAUGCUUGUCUCUCUUGGCCUCUCCAGUGGAGACAGAGAAGUGAGAGUGUGAAGCCAAGUUUUUUACUCAAGCUGUCAGUCACUUCAUGGUAAAUUGAUUUAAUCUCAGUGCUUUUCUACUCGGCCCAUUUCAAUAACCACUGUAAACAUGAUUUUCAUUUACUUUACCCGUCAGGAUGAAUAUAAUGAAGGAGCUAUAAUGAAGAGCUUAAGAAUUCCAUGAAAAAGAACACAGACCUUAGCAUGUGCGCUAAAGGCCAUCAAAGCUCAUAAGCAGGAUAGCUUCACCAGUGGGGUUGAAUAUUAAUUACUUUUAUUUCCUGAGUCCUCUCCUCGCCGCAGCUGAAGAAUGUGCCUCAUUAAUGAAUGCCAUAUUUUAAUAUCCUGGAGAAUAGCUUUGUGUUGUUCUUGGAACAGCUUGAUCCCAAUGGAAAUUAUAAUGAUCUGAUUAAUAUGUUAAAGCAAAGCUUUGAACAAAAUAGAAACAUUUUAAUAAUUGAAGAAAAGGUAUGUUAUGAACAAUGUUAUGAUAAUGCUUUACUAAGUGUGAUGAUUUUGCUGCCAACCAACUGUGUUACUAUGUUAUAUAAUUUUUAUGUGACAAUUUUAGGUAACAACCCCCAUUUACUACCAAUCAUGAAGAAAUAGAAUGCCAUACAUCUACAUUAUAAGUAAUUCUGUUUUCAGAUGCCAUCUGUCACAUUUAGAUUUUUUUUGUAUGUACUUUACAAGGAGGAGAGAAACACAUUCUUUAGUGGUAGUUUAUAUAAAACAUUUUAUCAUAUUGACCAUAAUAAGAGGUAUAAUAUUGUCAAUUUUGAUCAAAUCUUUAAUUAAAAACUGGAUCAUCUCAGAUAAUUGAAACUGGAUCUUCUUAGAGAGUAAAACCUCUAUCCAUUUAGAGAGAAACUGGAUCCUUUCAGAGAAUUUAAACUGGAUCCUCUUAGAGAGUGUAAACUGGCUAUUUUCAGAGAAUAUAAACUGGAUCCUCUCAGAUUUUAAACUGGAUCCUCCCAGAGAGUGUAAACAUGAUCUAUAGGCCUUUCAUGGUAAGAUGCAAUCAAAGAAAACAGUUAUUCAAAAGUUAUUUUAGUGGUGUUAGAUGAUAUGAACUAAGAAAGAAAAUAUGAUUUGACUUCAUCCAUCCCCCUAUUCAUAUGUUUGUAAUUUAAUAUGUUUGUUUAUGUUGUUAUGCUAUGCUGAUGUUUAGAAUUUGUGCUUCUCUCCCCCUGAUUGUACUGUAAUUUCUACCUCUGUAAUUUCACACAUUGCAUUCCACUAUUCGACUACGGCUUACAAAACUGACUAGUGAAUUCAUUGGUUGACUACUUAAUUAGACACUUUAUACAUUUACAAUACAUUUUAAUGCAGACUUGAUGCACAUUUCUUCAAUUUAAAAUACUGUAAAAAAAAAAAGUGUUAAGUGUACAAGUAAUGGCACAUUAAAAUGUCAUGAUUUUAUGUUAAAUGUCAAAAAAAUAAAUAUGAAUUUGGGGUUUGUUAACUCUUCAUGUUUUACAUAGACGAACAAUAAAAUAUCAUUUGGCCAAGGAUGCACAAUGUUUUGCAUAAGAUUGUAUUAAAGUUUAUUUCAGCACACAGCUACUUAGAUUUCUGUAAAUGGCUUUAGCUUUUGUGGGGAAUUUUAAUCAGAAGGUGUUGUGGGUUUAAAUGUUUUGUAAUAGACUUCUAGAUAAAAUGGAUUUAUUUGUAAAAAUAUAGAUAAGCCUAUGUUUAAAAUGCCAACAAUGCAAAAUUUUAUGAUUGUUUUUAGCGUUCCCUAUCUUUCUAAAAUAGAAAGUCUAUUUUAUAUAAAGUAGCAAAAAGUUGUUCCUGUAAAGGUUUCAGCAGUUCUAUGAGAACUAAAGUAUUAAAUAAAUUUCUGAGGACCCAA